AGCUUUCCUAUUGGUCGACAAGCCACUAGACUACAAUGCGAAAAGCCCCGAUUGGUCCGUGGCGAGGAAAUAAGCGAGGUUUGGGGGCGGGGCGGGGCAGGGCAGGGCAGUCCGCGCAAAAUGUUAGUUUCGUCUCCAGCAUAUGACGUCAUCGUCUACCUAUUCUCCGAGUAGGGAUGAAAAUACAUUUAAAAAAGAAAUAAAAAUAACACUUUAUACACACUAUUAUCAGACGUCAUGACGUCAUCAUAUACGUGCUAUCAUGGAAUAGGGAUGGAAAUACGUUUAAAAAGAAAAUAAAAAGAACACUAUAAAGUUGAUACACACUUAGUAUAUUGGGAUGACGUUCCCACGGGCGCUUGACAACUUCGUUCUGCGUCGCCUACGUGGACCGGAUAGGAACCUGCAUUCCGGGAAAGUCUAGCCGUUCGCCACUCAUUUUGUGGGGGUUGAUAAUGAAGAUAAGUGUUGAUUUUCUUUUUUAUUGCCACGCAAGUUUAACAGAAAAAUCAUUUAUUUCUACCCAUUUCUACCCAUUCUCCUCUCUUCCUUCCUUCCUUCCUUCCUUCCUUCCAUCACGCCUCAUUGGUGCGAUUCCGUUUUUUUUAACUCCACUCACUUGUCAUUGGUUUGAGUUGACGCCGUGCGGUCUAAAUGGCCCGCCGACGGCUGACCUUUAUCAAAACUGCUGCCUCGACCUUCCGCAGUAAAGGUCAGUGAGCGACUAAGACCUCGUCUGUCUACUCGCGGCAUUUGCUCUGUUCAAGCGCAACGACUUGAGCUCUUUUUCCCCAAAGCUCUUGUGGUUUUUCUGCCCGAUUCGGACGUCCAAAUAGUCCUUUGGCGGGACAUGUCAGCAAUGUUUCAGGGGCCCUCAGAGUGCUGCCCAAGAUUUCGGAACACGCGGCCCACGUAGAGCAGACCCAGGAUGGAAAGGUCGGCCAAGGUAGAAGAGACCCAGAAUGGAAAAGUCGGCCUGGCGAGCUCGUUUCAACGCUUCUGCAACGGCCUUUUUGCUUCCCGUUUUGGAGAUGGACAAAGACAAACAUUUGUUCUGAGUGCAAGCAAAGUGACAAGGAAUUGGAUUUGGUGACAGAAAACGGCAAAGUCUCACAAGUCCACCUUUUUUAGUAAAGUGAUCAACGUCCUUUCUCCCACCUUGGCUGUGUUUGGAUUUGUAGCUCCGCCCCCACCCCCCGCACUUCUCCCUCUUCCCCCUUUCCAUCUGCGCGUCACUGACCCGUUCGUUCGUUCCCUUACCGUUUGUCCUCAACGAGCAUCUUUGCCAUCGGAGAGGACGCCGCUGCCGCUGCCGCCGCCGCCGCCCCGCAUGCGCUUUCUUCAUCCACCCAGCAGUGAAGCGAAUCUGCGAGUGGCGAGCGACGAUGAGCGACGCCAUUCGUGCGCUGACGUUGGCCUUGCUGUGGCUGAGCGCGGCCGAUGGCUUCCGAUGGUUUUCUCCCGAGCCGGACCUUUCCCCGAACGUCCACGAGACGGAUAAGGCGCUGUCCGUGACGUCACAGCCUUCCCGAGUCUUGUCACGGCGCGGCGGCGACGCCACCUUACCUUGCACCGUCCGCCGCCGCGACGGGUGGCCGGCGCCCGAUGGAAAGAUGAGGAUCAAGUGGACCAAGCUGCCGUCCGGCUUGCUGACGGAGGUGGAUGUUUUGGCCGCCGCCGAGCAGCACAAGAGAAGCUACGGAAGUUUCCACGGCCGCGUGCGCCUGCGGAGCGCUUCCGCUUGGGACGCCUCGCUGGUCAUCCAUGACAUCACUUUGGAUGACUACGGAAGCUAUAAAUGUGAGGUCAUCGACGGGCUGGAAGACGCGGCGGCGGUCGUGUCGCUCGACCUGGAAGGGCUGGUGUUCCCGUAUUCCUCCCGGCUGGGCCGCUACAACCUGAAUUUCCGGGACGCCGAGCGGGCCUGCCAGGAGCAGGACGGCGUGGUGGCGUCCCCGGAGCAGCUGCGCGAGGCUUGGCGAAGGGGCCUGGACUGGUGCAACGCCGGCUGGCUGAGCGACGGCUCUGUGCGCUACCCCGUCACCUCCCCCAGGGAGCCCUGCGGCGGACAGAACACGCCGGCGGGCGUGCGCAGCUACGGCCCGAGAGACAAAGACUCCAGCCGCUUUGACGUCUUCUGCUUCACGUCGCACUACAAAGGUGAUUUCUACUUCCUACCGCGGGUGGGCAAGCUGACGUACGGCGAGGCGGCGGCGGCGUGCCGGCGGGACGGCGCCCGGCUGGCCACCGUGGGCCACAUGUACGCCGCCUGGAAGCUGGCCGGCUACGACCGCUGCGACGCCGGCUGGCUGGCCGACGGCAGCGUCCGCUACCCCGUGGCCAGGCCCCGGCCGCGCUGCAGUCCCGCCCGCCCGGCCGUCGGCUUCCUCGGGUUCCCCGACAAGAAGCACAAGCUGUACGGCGUCUACUGUUUUGGGCCCGGACGCCGGGCGGCACGCUAAAAGGCGCCACGCGUGGACAGAACACACACACACGCAAGACAAAAACACCCAUUGACCGACCCAAAGGAACGCGCGCGCGCACACACUGGAAAGAAAAAGAAAAAAAACAACCUAAGACGAUUCUCUCACUGAAUGUUUUGUGUUCUUUUGCUCCAACGACAUUCAUGGUGUACUAUUCAUGGAUCCAUCCAUCACAAAACAACGUGCAUCCAUCCGUCCAUCCAUCCAUCCACCC